AUGCAGGAGGUGACGCAACACCUGGGGACAGUGAAACACAUCUGCGCUGAGACGGCAAGUGAAGCGUUUAUUGGCGGGUGCCUUUGAAAUUCUGAAAUCGGCUUUGUUGCGUCAGUGUAAGCAGAGAAGACUGGCUUCGUAUCAGGGAAACCGAGUCCUCCAGUUGAAGGGCUAGUGGUGGAUCCUGCAUUGCAGGGGGUUGGGCCAGAGUGGCUGGGGAAACUCAGCCAGAUGGGCAGGGUAUAAAUAAUAAACUAUUAUUAUUAUUAUUAUUAUUGAUGACUCUUGGAGUCCCUUCCAGCUUUUUGACUUGUUCCAGGCGUAUCUUGAAAAGGCAGGUUUCGGAUGCUGACCUCCCUGCUUCCCUCACAGGCGACAGAGUUUCGCGCCGCCAUCGAGAGGUUCAUUGAUUCCCGAACUGACAAUUUGCGGGAGAUGAAAGGCGGGGAGUUUUGGCCCAUUGUGAAAUGCGUCCGGAUCCGUCUCGCCAAGGCUGAAGUGUUGAGGACGGGGGCUGUGCUGGUGGACUUGCCCGGCGUCCGAGACGCCAACGCGGCCAGAGACAGUGUGGCCAAAGAGGUGGGGAACUGCUUCCGUGUGUUUGUGGGUUGGACAAGCGUUUGUUGAAUGGUCUCUUUAAAUUUGAAGGUUCCACAAGAUGUGUAUUUCUUCAAGAGCCAGAGCAAAUAACGUGACCUAGUUUUACAGCUGUGAAGCAGUAUAGCAGGUGCUGUUAAGUUAUGUUAAUUAAACUGUUGGGUAUAGUAUAUAAAGAGCGGCACAUAGCUCUCUCAGUUCCCUGGUGGAUGGGUUGGUGGUUGGGUGAUGCUUAUUGAUAUACAGUGGUACCUUGGGUUAAGUACUUAAUUCAUUCCGGAGGUCCGUUCUUAACCUGAAACUGUUCUUAACCUGAAGCACCACUUUAGCUAAUGGGGGCUGCCGCGCCACCGGAGCAUAUCUGUUCUUAUCCUGAAGCAAAGUUCUUAACCUGAAGCACUAUUUCUGGGUUAGCGGAGUCUGUAACCUGAAGCGUAUGUAACCUGAAGCGUAUGUAACCCGAGGUAUUGUAAAAGGAGAUUUUGUUUUUGUUAUUAAAACCUAGCAAAAGUUACUUUUGCGUUCCUUGUAAUGUGUGGUCUCCCCAGCACGCCUUCUGCAGCGCAACUAAUCUGCAAAUAGCCAACAUCUUUGCUCUCCUGGACCCCGGAGCGUUUCUCCCUGGCAUGAUCCCGGUUGCGUAUCGUUGCUUUUGCUCAAACCGCCAGGUUGCGGGUCUGCUGCGUGUUGGCAGAGCCGCCUUGGCUUAGCAGACACUUCCUCCCCCGCAGUACCUGAAGAACUGCCGUGCCGUGUGGGUGGUGGCCAGCAUCACCCGAGCCGUGGACGACAAGACGGCAAAGGAGACCCUGAGUGCGAGUGUGCGCAGGCAGCUGCUGAUGGACGGCCUGUACGGCAGCGUGGCUUUGUCUGCACCAAGUCGGACAGCUUCAACAUUACAGAUAUAGUCAGGUAACCUCGGUUUAUUCUCCUCUGUUGUGGAUGGGCAGAGAGAGGCACCGUAGAUUGGCAUCCCCAAAUCACACAAUGCUCUUUCUUGGCCGUUGUGAGCUGCUGUGUUGAUGAUUUAAAGAUCCCAGGCUGCCUGGGCAUUGUGCUUGGACCAUAAAGGGGGUUGGCUUGCUGCUUAAUGGCCAGUGGGACAGAGGAUGCUCUGAGACAGCAGCCCUCCCAGGUGUUUUGGACUGCAAGGCCCAUCAGCCACAGCCAGCCUUGCCAGUUGCCAGGGAUCAUGGGAGUUGUAGUCUAAAGCAAGUGGAGGACAUUGAGCUGUUGGGUAGCCUAGGAUUCUGUCAUCCCAUCGGUGCUGCUGGAAAGCUAGUGGUUAAAGUGGACUGUCUUGUGAGGAGGCUUGGCUCCCCCUGAAAGUGCUCAGUCACCCGAAUCUUGCAGGAACCUGGACUUGAGAGGCGAGAUUCAGCCCAUCGAAGAUGAAGUGAGAGAGCUGGAUAAUCAGAAAAUGCAAGCCGAGAGGGAGAAGGAAAGGCUCUACGCAUCUUUGCAGCAAGAGGUUUGUAAAACCACCCAUCAAAGUGGUUUGCCCCUGGCCCAGCUGGAUGUGCCAUCCAGGAUCAUGUUAUAGAUCUUUAUUCUCUCUUUGUUCCUGGUGUUGAUCUUCGCUCCCUGCUUCUUCCCUGGCUGGGCGGGGCGGGGGGGGGCAUUUUGUGGUUUGCCUCAGGUGGCAAGAUGUCUUGGGCCGGCCCUGAUCCCUGCUAGGCUGGAUAUUCCUGCAACCCUGGGUAAUGCCGUAUGGCAACGAAGACCCAGCUUGGCGCCAGAGACGUGCUUUCUUCCUGGGGAGGGCUCAGAGGCAAGAAGAAGCCCAGUUUCUCUAGGCUAAACUCUUGCCAGGCCUUUGGGGCAGCGGCUGCUUUUUGUUCUCUUGCUAUCACAAGCCACCGAUAACGCUCUGUGUGUUUUGAGCAGCAGCCAUCGCCGUGGGAGAGACCAGGAUGCGAUGCCUCCGACUCAGCCUGGCUCCAAAGACGCCACGACCUUCUGGAGAAGGAGUUCAGAGUGAGUCUUGUAUCUUGCCACCUCCAAGCCCAGGCAUGGCUGCUUUUCGUCCUCCUUGUUUCCCCCUUGCUUGGGAAAGCCCUCCUGGUCCGUCUGUCCCCCCCCCCCCGCCACAUUCUUGUGGUUGUAUCUGGUUUUGCUUGUGCCUCAGUUCCCCCCUUGUUGCUUCUCUCCUGUCUAGAUCAGUGCCUUGCAGAGGCAGAAGGAGGCGAAGCUUCGCGAGAUUAGCCUGAUCUGUGUCCGGGCCCGGAAUAAAUAUUCCAAGGAGCAGAUUCAGUUGGAGUUCAGCGCCAGCCUGGAGGUAGGUCUGAGUCGCUGGGGUGGAGGAGCGAGGGCUGGCCUUUGCGUUGCCUGGUGAGGCAGCCUUGGCAGCAGCUCCACGGUGGCAUUAGCCGGGGAGAACCUGCUGCACAAAACAGGCAUGAAACGCAGUUGAGAUGGGGGCCGUCCUCCUGUGCCUGCAGGGUUCAGGGCUGCCACAUGGCAGGUGGAGCAAUAUUCUGCUCCAAAAGAGUAGGACCCAAACUGAUGGAAAGAAAGGAGAUUCCUACUAAACAUUAGGAAGGACUUUCUGACCUUCGCAACCCACAGUGGUGCGUCUGUGCACGCGCGGGUUGCGAUUCUGUGCUUCUGCGCAAGCGUGAUUUAGCGCUUCUGCACAUAUGCGACCCCCCGAUACCUGGAAGUAACCCGUUCCGGUACUUCCGGGUUUCGGCUGGUCCAUAACCCGAAAAAACUCAACCUGAAGCGUCUGUAACCCGAGGUAUGACUGUAUUAAUACCAGAACAAUGUUUUUUAAUGUAUUCCUUCACGCAAGUCCACUCCUCUAUCUGUUUUUGAUCUGACUGGCCUCUUGCCAAUGCUGUAAGUCUUGCUAAUUCUAUGUAUUCACAAAAUCUUAUUUGCCAUUCUCUUAUUGAGGGAGUUUUUUCUCCCAAUUUUUUGCUAUAAUCAUUCUGGCCGCAGCUGUUGCAUAUAAGAAAACUUUUUUCUUAGUGGCAGGAAUGUCAGUCGAUAUAAUUCCCAAGAGGAAUGCCUCUGGUUUUUUCAUUACGUGAUAUUUAAAGCAUUUUUAAAGUUCCUCUUGAAUGUCACUCCAAAAUUGUUUGAUAUACGCACAUUCUCACCACAUAUGAUACAUUGUUCCUAUCUCUGUUUAUAAAUUUUCGCCAAUUUAACUGGGUUAAAUACCAUUGGUAUAUCAUUUUCAUUAUAUUUUCUCUAAUUGUGACGCAGGCUGUGAAUCUGAUAACAUAUUUCCAUAAUUUCUCCCAUUGGUCUAAUCGAAUUGUGUGGCUUAUAUCUCUGGCCCACUUAAUCAUAAUUCUUCAUCUCUUAAUUCCCGUUCUAAUAAUAGAUUAUACAUUUUAGACAAUAUCUUUGUAGGAUUUUUAAUAACUCAGUUUGUAAUUUUGAUUCUUCUUUGCCAAAUCCAGUAAUCUUAUCGUGCUUGAAUAGGUGAUCAAUUUGGUACUAUUGUAGCCAUGUAUUACAGUAUUGGCUAAGUUCUUCAUAUGGUCUUGACCCAUAUGAUCAUCUUUACUAAUUGCUGAUUUGUGGCCCAUUUGCCUUCCGUAUUUUUCUUUUUAACAGAUAAUACCUCUAAUGGUGAUAUCCACCAUGGUGUUUUGAGCUCUGACAAUCUUUGAUGUCUUUCCCAGGCUACAUAUGUUGUUGUUGUUUAGUCGAUUAGUCAUGUCCGACUCUUUGUGACCCCCUGGACCAGAGCACGCCAGGCCCUCCUGUCUUCCACUGCCUCCCGCAGUUUGGUCAAACUCAUGCUGGUCGCUUCGAGAACACUGUCCCACCAUCUCACCCUCUGUCGUCCCCUUCUCCUUUUUUGAAAAUGAUAUUUAUUAAGGUUUCAAAGAAAAGAAUUACAUAAGUAAAAAGAAAGGGAAAAAAAUACAAAAAUAAAAAUAAAAGGAAAAUACAAAAUACAGAAAAAAGAUAAAAAACACUUUUAAAAAUAUAUAUCAGUCUUUCCAUGCCUUACAUUCAUUUCCUUGCUUCCUGGACUUCCUCACACCUCCCUUUUUUGUAUUCCAAUUCAGUUAGUUAAUUCAGCAAUUUCUUUCCCUCUUUGUUUUUAUAUUAAUCCUUUAACUUAAUAUUUUAUAACUUUGGAUUCUCACCUGUUAACAGUCCAUUUUUACAUACACCUUUAUAACAUUACUGCUUAAACCACUUAAGUUCAUUCUGACAUCUUUCUAACAUUCAUUAAUUUUGCAAUAUUUCUGUAAAUAGUCUUUAAAUUUCUUCCAAUCUUCUUCCACUGACUCUUCUCCCUGGUCUCGGAUUCUGCCAGUCAUUUCCGCCAAUUCCAUGUAGUCCAUCACCUUCAGAGUGGGUAAAUCUUAUUUUCCUGAGAGAUUUUUUAUAAUCCAUUUGUUUUCAAAAAUCGAUCUAAAUCAAUUUCUUUCUGUGGUCCUUGUGUAUAUAAUUGUUUAAAGUACCUCUGGAAACAAUUUCUAACCUCAGCUGGGUUCUGUAUAUUCCUUCCUUCCACUUCUAAAUUUGUAACUGUAUUUAAUUUUUGUCUUUUUUUCAUUUGCCAAGCCAGCAAUUUCCCACAUUUAUUAGCCGACUCAAAUGUUUUUUGUCUCAUUUGUUUGAUUUUCCAUUCUAUCUCCUGAUUCAUCAUUUUCAUGUAUUGUACUUGAAGUAAUUUUAUUUCUCUCAAAAUCUCUUGUGACUUAGGUUUUGCUCUCAAUUUCUUUUCACUUUCUUUUAUUUUCUCCAAAAUUUUAUCCUUCUUCUCAUUUUGAAUUCUCUUCUUUAAUGCAUUCUGUUGUAUAAAGAACCCUCUCAUAACAGCUUUGCUUGCGUCCCAGAUUACUCUUUCUUCCACACUGGUGUUCAUAUUUAUCUAAAAAUAGUCUCUCAAGGUUUUUUGGGCCUUCUUAAACACUUCUUCAUCUCUGAAUAAGGUGUCAUUCAUCCUCCAUCUGAAGGAACCAGUUGGUGUUAGUUUCAUCUCCAUCUUCACAGCAUUAUGGUCGGAGCAAGUUUUUGGGCAGAUUUCCACUUUUCUUGUCUUUGGUGCCAUUCCUCUAGUUACCCAUAUUUGGUCAAUUCUUGUCCAUGUCAGUUUGGCUUCAGAGAAGAAGGUUCCCUCUCUGGCCAAGGGGUUCUUUGUUCUCCAAAUAUCAACUAAGUCCAAGUUGUCUGUCAUCUCAAAAAAAGUUUUCGGUAAUCUGCCGUCCUUAGUGACUACCUGUCUUUGUGCCUUAUCCAUGUGUGUAGAUACCACUCCAUUCAUGUCUCCCAUCAAAAUCACAUUGUAAUCCAAAUAGUCCAUCAAGGUCUCAUGCAACUUUUUAAAAAAUUCAGAUUUCCCCUCAUUUGGUGCAUAAACUCCUACUAUCAAAUAUUUCUCUUCUUGUGUUUGAAUUUCAAUUGCCACAAAUCUUCCUUGGUCAUCUUUGAAGAUAAAUUUCGGUAAUAGUCUAUCCUUUGCAUAAAUCACUACCCCUCUUUUUUUAACCUUGUCCGAAGAAAUAAACUCCUGACCCAGUCUUUUAUUGAUCAGUACUUUCCUGUGUAGCCUUGUUACAUGUGUUUCCUGUAGACAAAUCAAGUCCAAUUGUUCCUUUUUUAAUAAAUGAAACACAGUUCUCCUUUUCUGAGGGGAGUUGAGACCAUUACAAUUCCAACUUCAUAGUUGCAGAGCCAUGAUGUAGUUACUUUGCUUCUCCUCCAACUGCACCCAGUGCCUGUUCCUGAUCUGUUGGUGGUAUCACCUUCUCCAGGCGGUCUUUUAGUUCAGAAGGUAAUCUUGGUAUGUCUAAAGUUUCUCUUACUAGUGCUCUUAACUCUUCCCCAGCUUCCUUCUGCAAGUCUUCUCCAUGGUCUCUCCAAAAUCUUUCUUUGUCGUCCUCUGAUCUUAUUUUUAUCUUUUCCCUUUGUAACUAAAGGAUAGGCCUUGGGGAAUUCCCACCUAAAAUGAUUCCGUUGCUUCUCAACAGGGAGGCCAAAUCUCUAUAAUUGGACCUAAGGUCCAGAAUAUGUUUCGGAAUGUCCUUAAAUAUCUCUACUUUUGACUGAUGAAUUUCCAAAGUCUUCUGGAAAUGCAGACUCAAGAUUUUGUCUCUCUCUUUUGUUCGGAGGGUGAUCAAACAGUCUCUCACCCUGUUCUUCUUCCCUCCUCUUCCAAGCCUAAAAGCACUCACUAUCUUGAAACCUUCCUUCUCCAAAUCUAGGUCCCAAAAGUCUGCAAAUUCCUGCAUAAGAAAGUCAGUCAGAUUGUCUUUCUCAAGUUCAGGUACGGCCCUGAUCCUCAAAUUCGUUUGCUUCUCCUUCAACUCAGUCAUAGACAAUAUUGACCUGUGGUCUUCAAGUUGUUUGUGUAUCGGUGGUAUCUUCUCUUUACAGCAGUUGCUAUUUCCUUUGCCUCUUCGGCUGUCUUUUGUGUCGAGGUAGAUUCCUGUAGUAAUUUCUGAAUAGUUUCUGUGUUGGUAUUUACCUUCUGUCCCAAAUUGUUAAUACUUGUGGUAUUUUGGUCAAUUUUACCCGAUGCUUCGGCUACUUGUUUACUUAUUCUUUCCAAAGAUUCGUUAAUUUUACCUAGUGCCUGAGCCAAAACAUCUUCAGAUGCCAUUCCUUUGGGUUUAGGUUGUGCCGACGCAUCUGCUGUUGGUAAUCCAGAAGGACCAGAUGUUGACGCUCUUCGCUGCAGCCCAACGUCUGUACGAAAUAAUCUGCCAGACCUCGUUGUUUUUCCUGUAGCAAAUCUAUCUUCUCCUUUCCAUCUGCUAUAACACUCUAGAUAAGGCUGGGAAAUGAUAUAUAAUGAAUUUAAAAGGUAUUUAAGUAUACCUUCCCUAAGAAACCAGAGGCCUUUCUCCUGGGCAUAGUCGGCCAAAUGGUGUUAAAAAAAGGAUAGAACUUUCUUUAUGUAUGCAACAACAGCAGCAAGAAUACUCAUCGCAAAGUACUGGAAGACACAAGAACUUCCCACGCUGGAGGAAUGGCAGAUGAAACUUAUGGACUAUAUGGAAUUGGCGGAAAUGACUGGUAGAAUCCGUGACCAGGGAGAAGAGUCGAUGGAGGAAGAUUGGAAGAAAUUCAAAGACUAUCUUCAGAAACAUUGCAAAAUUAAAGAAUGUUAGAGUGAUGUUGGACUGAAAAUAAGUGGUUUCCAGCUGUACAGGUUAAUGUUAAUGAUAGACUAAGAUUAAAUAUUAGGAUUAAAGAUGUUUAAAGAAAUGGAAAUUUGACAUUAAGAGGGAAAAUUUUAAUGUUAUAUGAUACUAAGACUAAAGAUCAGGUUUAAAGAAGUGGAAGUUAUAUAUUUCAAUAUUUUAUUAAAGCUAAAGAUUGGGAUUAAAAAAGUGGAAAAGAAAUUGCUGGACAAACAAUUUGGAUUGGAAUACAAAAGAGGGAGGUAUGAGGAAGUCCAGAAAAUAAGUAAACUAAAAAAAACGGAAAUGGAAAAGAGAUAUUGUUUUUAAUUGUUAUGCUUUUUGUUUUUAUUGAUGAAUUGUGGUUUUUUUGUGUGUGUGUUUUUGUCAUCAUUUUUUUUUGAGAUAUGUAUUGUGUAUGUUUUUCUUUUCUUUAUUUGUUGUUUAAAACUUUAAUAAAAAUUAUUUAUUAAAAAAAAAAAAAAACACUCUAGAGAAGGCCCAAGGUCAAUCCGACGAUCAGAAUUUGUUUUGAGGUGGAAAAUUCCCCUGGCCCAGCUGUUAUUGUAACAGUUUCAAACUUCCUCUAGGGGAACACAGUAGCAGUCAGAAAUUGUUGUCUUAAAAUAAUUAACCUUUUUUCCUAUAGCCCCCCAAUUCACAGAAAAGACGACAGUUUCAAUCUCAAUUGUUUUUCAGUCACUUUAAAACCAGGAGAAGCCAGCCAGAAAUAUUGUAUCUUACUUGUAUCUCAGUUGCAGAGUUAACUGUCAAAGAGUACUUUCAGCAACAGCGCAUUUCACAGUACGGCAUUCUUAUUGUUCACUGGCAACCCGUUCCCAGGUUUUAAGCGGUGGAUUUUAGCUUCCUUUUCUCUCUUUUUGCAGGGAAAUACAGUUCAGACCUUUCCCCCCUCCUCCCCUGCAAUCAGGGGGGGAAAUCGCUUGUUUGAUGUUAGAAUUAUAAUCCUUUUCAAACGCCUUUCAAGGUUUCCGCUACAAGUUCAUUGCUUUACUCCAUUUACAAAGAACGGAAGGCAGACUUCCUGUUUAUGCCUCUCCGCUUCGGUGCUGAAUUACUUCUUUGUUCCUUCGUUUCCCAAAUUAGCCUACUCACGGAUCGUUUUGUAGCCAAAUUGUCCCAGGAAAAGGCAGCGCUCCCCGGCAACGGCUGUGCGGCUCCGCUCCCCGGAAGAACCAGUGGACUCACAGCACCGCGCCACUUCCCGCUCCGCUCCGGAACCCGUAAUCGGGCUCCUUUGCAAGUUGGGGGCGCAAAGGUGCCCGCCGAGUCCCACGGUCACAGGCUUCACCCGCCUGUGAUUUUUGAAGGGUCCCAGCUUCGCCGUAGCGGUGCAGACCCGAUUUCCGCAGAGCCGGUCCCCUCUGAGUCAGAGGGAAUCCGCCAUUUCCGAUGGCGCCACCCCGGAAGUCCCUGUCGUCCCCUUCUCCUUGUGCCCUCCAUCUUUCCCAACAUCAGGGUCUUUUCCAGGAGUCUUCACUUCUCCGGAGGUAGCCAAAGUCUUGGAACCUCAGCUUCAGGAUCUGCCCUUCCAGUGAGCACUCAGGGCUGAUUUCCUUCAGAAUGGAGAGGUUUGAUCUUCUUGCAGUCCAUGGGACUCUCAAGUAUCUCCUCCAGCACCAGAAUUCAAAAGCAUCCAUUCUUUGGCGAUCAGCCUUCUUUAGGGCCCAGCUCUCACUUCCAUACGUCACUACAGAGCUUUAACUAUACGGACCUUUGUUGGCAAGGUGAUAACUACCUUCUAAUAAUGGUAGUGCUUCCUGUUGUAGGACAUGACCAGGAAAGCAGCAUCUCCUGAGAGCGAGGAGGACGGUGACGAAGACCUGGAGGAAGGAGAUGCCACUAGGUCAGACUCUGGCAACGCUGGGGAAGUUGAAUCCCUUCACGGCAAGCUUCAGGUGUUCACGGUCAGUUCUACGGAAUAUCUCAAGCUCUGCGGGAAGCUGAUCAGAGACGGCCAGCCUCAAGUCUUCCACGACCCCCAGGACACAGGUAUGCUUCUUCCUCAGGAGAACAGGCUGCCCUCUGCAAGUCAGAUGCACAAACCAGCGGCCGUUUGCGGUGGGUGGACCCCAUCCUCUGUCGACACGCAGGGCACCUCUUCCGGAAGGUGAAGGAAGGUGCGCCUGCUUUGCGUUGAUUCCCCGUUUUCCUUUUAUCCAGAAAUACCGGCCUUGAAGGCGUUUGCCAUGCGCACAGCCUUGAAGCACAGCAUGGGGGCGGCAGAGAAGCUCAUCCGGGACUUGGCGCGGGUCCUCAGCCAAAUAGUGAAUUACCUGACCAGCCAGAGGGCAGAGGUGAGCAGGGGCCAAAGGCUUGGGAACGGGCUUCUUCAUCAUGAAAACAGCAGUGGUUAGAAGCUUGCCUGUAGUAGAACAGAGCACCAAAAGUUGUAUUUCCCACCGUAGGGCUUGUCCACACUUCUGCUGGAGCCAUGCCCAGGAAGCUGGCGUUUGCGUGGUUGUCCCCUUGCUGCGCUCUGCUCUUUAGCGAUGGAUCGGAACAAAUGGCGAUCAGGGGAGAACCUGAAUUGCCCUUUGCUCCAAUUGCGUGCCGAAGGGAAGCCGUGGGACAAGUGCAUAUGAGCCCUUAGACAUCAUGCUUGCUUCCGGCAUUCUCCUGUGGCUCAGGCUUCAAUCUGAGCCAGAGAAGAACUGUCUUAGGCCUGGUGUCCUACUACAGUGCUACCUCGGUUCUCGAACUUAAUCCGUUCCAGGAGUCUGUUUGACUCCUGAAACCAUUCGAAAACCUAGGCGCGGCUUCCGAUUGGCUGCAGAAGCUUCCUGCACUCGCGUUGGACGUUUGGCUUCCGAAAAAUGUUCGCAAACCAGAACACUUACUUCCAGGUUUGCAGCAUUUGGGAGCCACUUUGUUUAGGAGCCAAGCCGUUCAGGAUCCAAGGUCCCACCGUAUAACCAGGCGCUGAGCAUAAGGCGCGCUUCCCCUCCUUUCCUGCCCUGCCGCAGAAUCAUUUGCGAUGAGAGGCGCAUUCUCCUGCAGCCAGAAUAGUGUCCGAGGCCAGGAGGUGGCAGGUGUGAGCGGAAGCCUGGUGGGGAGAGAGAGAAGACUCUGCUGCAUUACCAGUUAAAUAAUAAUAGUCUGGGGUCCAGCAGCCUCCCAUUGGGGCUCAGGCUUCAGGAAAAUGAAUUGCUUUUUCCCAGAGCUGGCUAAGGGAGUUCCCUCCACCCCUUGGUAGGCCCUCUGUGGCCUGAUCCUGCAGCCAGGCUCUUCCACUGUUCUUAGGAGGGCUUGGAAGAAGGGUGCAAGGUGACUUGUGCCCUGCAAGGGUGCAACUCGUCAUCCUGAACCUGCGGAGUCGCCUCUCGGUUGCUGCUUACGGAGAGCCCUGCAGCCUCUCAUAUCCUUAUACCAGCUGCACUGGCUCCCAGUGGAGUACAGGAUCAGGUUCAAGGUGCUGGUUUUAACCUUUAAAGCCCUAUACGGCCUAGGACCCUCGUACCUACGGGACCGCCUCUCCUGGUAUGUCCCACAGAGGACCUUACGAUCUUCAAACAAAAACAUCUCGGAGGUCCCGGGCCACAGGGAGGUUAGGCUGGCCUCAACCAGAGCCAGGGCUUUUUCGGCUGUGGCCCCGAUCUGGUGGAACGCUCUGUCACAAAAGACUAGGGCCCUGCAGGACUUGGCAUCUUUCCUGCAAGACAGAGCUGUUCCACCAGGCCUUUGGCCAAGGCACAGUCUGACCCCCUCCUUUGGUAAUCCUCACAGAACUCUAGCCCAGUGGUUGCCAUUAAUUUGAUUUUGAAUUGAUUUUAGAAUGAAUUGAUUUUAGAAUGUAUUUCAAUUAAUUGAUUGUAAUUUUAUGUAAACUGUGUUACUUUUACUGUUAGCUGCUCUGAGCCUGGCUUCGGCUGGGGAGGGUGGGAUAUAAAUUUAAAACUAUUAUUAUUAUUACUACUACUACUACUACUACUACUACUAUUAUUAUUCCUCCCCAGACCGACAUCCAGGAGAGUGUCUGGCAGUCCCUGCAGCAGCUCCCCAGCCUCCUCCAGGAGGCCAUCGACUGCAGCCUCCGCGAAACCCAGCACUGCUUGGAAGGCCUUCUCUUCGCCAGCCUGGGCAAGGGCACCAGCCGGGCCAAGGAGCUGUGCCAGGACGUCGUCAGGAGCUGGGGCUGCCCUGUAAGUCAGAGCUCCUCUCUUCCUGAAAGCCUUUUGUGCCACAGAAAAUGCACGGAGGGAGACCAAGCUGGUGUUGCCCGGCGUUUUAAAAGACGAAGCCCUUUUUCAAUAACAAGUCCCAGGUCUUGAGGCAACAGCAACCACAUUUAUUGUGUGUUCGUUUCUGCUUAAAUAUGAUGUUGAUGCAGAGCACUCGCCCCCCCCCCCAACAAUAAUGCUUAAAUGGCCACCCACUCCACCCACCACUGACUUAGGGGAGUCCAAAGUAUCUUGGGCGCCAGGCUGGGUAAGGCUGCUAGAAGCAAGGCAGGAGGGAAGUCAGAAGCCUGGCCUCCGCUGCUGGCUUAAUUCCUCCAUUUCUAUGAUCUAGCGGGAUACAGACCCUCUUCUAAAGAAUAAUAUACAAAAGCCAGCCCGCUUUGAAAGGGCACGAUCCAUCAGGAUCCUUUUAGCACUUGCCGGAAUGGGUGGGCAUCCCGUGACGCUGAAUGUUGGGAGAUUCGGGAGAGAUAAAAGGGAGUCCUCCUUGCAGCACUGCUAGGUGUGGGGGGCAGCGACGCCUCUGAAUAUCGGUUGGUGGAAAGUGCAGGGAUCUUGGGCUCAGAUCCUGCUCGUGUUGGGAUACUGCCAGGGAGACAAAGGCCAACAUGCCUCCACGUCGUCUCCGGAUGAUCCAUCAACCUCUGGUAGAACAGCAGUAUCAGUCAAUUAGCGACACGAGCCUCAGACAUAGUAGUCGACGUGCCAGGACUCGUGCACGCCCUUUUCGCAGAGCGAAAGAUGCACCCAGGAGAGCAGCAUAUAUACAGCUUUAUUCAGUGUUGGUCAGAACAAAGGGAAAACAUGACUGCCUGCCUGCCUGUUGAGGCAACAGAGUGAAAACGAAAGCUAUAUACAAAACAGAAACUUCCUGUGAGCCGGAUGUACUCAGGCUGUGACUCACGACAGCCUGUCCCCUUUUAAGGUGGAACGGCAAUAUCCUAACAUCUCGCUGGUGUCCCACAGUGUUCAGCCACCAGAAGAACAGGAUGCUGGAUUGAUGGGCCAUUGGCCUGAUCCUGCAGGCUCUCCUUGCAUCUCCUGCUCCUUUCUGUGGGGCUUAGGCAGCAGAGCCCAGAGUCUCAUGUGCCCAAACUGGGGGUGGGGAAGGGGAGCCACGCAAGGAAGCGCCCACCCCUCGCCUCCUUGGUUUGGCGACUGCCAGGGAAGGCUUCCAUUUGUGUCCUUGAGUUGGUCGUCUGAUUCUGUGGUUCCCCCCAUGCUUGUGAUUGCUCUGCCUCCUGAGAACAUCCCCGCCCAGCCUUGGCCAGCUCUGCUUUUCAAGCCACGCUCUCUGUUCCUCCCUUUGCAGGUGAAUGGCUACCCACAUGCCACGUACCGGGCCGUCUGCAACCACCACGGUCUCUACGCCUCUCCGACCCUCAACUGCGUGGUGGAUUUCAACAGCCACCUCGCCAAACCGAUCUGGGAGACCCUGGCUGUGACGUGGAACAAGGUCUUCAAGUACGUCCCAUUUUGCUCGGGGCAGCCGUGGGAAUGAGGGGCCAGGCUAGGUGUCCUCAUAGUAUUAAAAGAGACGCGGAUGGCGCUGUGGUCUAAACCACUGAGCCUCUUAGGCUUGCCGAUCAGAAGGUUGACAAUUCAAAUCCCCACGUCGGGGUGAGCUCCUGUUUCUCUGUCCCAGCUCCUGCCAGCCUAGCAGUUUGAAAGCACACCAGUGCAAGUAGAUAAACAGGUACCGCUGCGGCGGGAAGGUAAACGGCAUUUCUGUGUGCUCUGGUUUCCAUCAUGAUGUUCCGUUGCACCAGCAGCGGUUUAGUCCUGCUGGCCACAUGACCCAGAAAGCUGUCUGUGGACCAACGCCUGCUCCCCGGCCUGAAAGCGAGAUGAGCGCCACAACCCCAGAGUCGCCUUUGACUGGACUUAACCGGCCAGGGGUCCUUUACCUUUUUUUGGCGGGGCCCCGAGGGUCAUCCACUUCAGUGCAGGGAUCACAGCUCAAGAAUCCCUGGCAUGUGGCCAUUUGACCUCUGCUUGGAAAACCUCCAAGGGAGGCGAGUCCGCAACCUUCUGAGCAACUCCAUUCUGUCAUCCUCGGCAUUUAGAUACCGCUUCCUAUGUGAAUUCCCAAAGUGGUUAACAUAAAACGCAUAAAUCAGAGAGGGAAAAUGCAUGUGCCGCAAUUUAAAAAUGAAGCAUGCCAAGAAGUACAUUGGUAGAAACAGAGAAGCCGUCAAUGAAACAUUCGGCUAAAUAUCAAUAAAUAAUGAAACGGAGCAGGAUGUGGGUGAACCUUAUGCCUGGGGGGGGGCCUGUACCCCUCCUCCUCCUGCACACAAAAUCUUCCCUCCCAGCCCAGCCCGCCCUCAUUGGCCGCCUGGCCUGGGCACACAGUUCUGAGGCCAGCUCCAAUGGCACUGUUAGAAAAGGGCUGGCUGGCUGAGUUGCAGCCCUGGAGGGAAGAGCUGCAUGGCUGCUGCUGGGGGGGGGGGCAGCCAGAGACACCCCUACGAGGGUCUCAGGGGCCAAAGGCUGCGUGUACGGGGCUCAGGGAGGCCAGGGAUGGGGAGGUGGGCUCUGUGCCCUUGCAAGGGGACCCGGAGGAGGGAGCUGGACCAGCCGGCGCUCUCCCAACCCUUCUGCGCCUGUGCUUCCUCCUAGCUGUCAGCUGAAAGACGCCAUUCAGGGCUUCGCUGCUGCCAUCUUGGACAAGCUGAGGCGCUUCUUCAAAGACCUCCGGAAGAAGCUCUGCAAGCACAGCGGGGUGGCAGCUGCAAUACACACCAUUCGCCGCCAGCAGAUGGAGGCGGCUUCUGCGAGGGUGAGGCUGGGGAAGUGGGGGGGCUCUCUGCCUCGGUUGCCCCUGAGGUCUGGGGGCGUUAUUAGGUUGUGUUUGUGUGUUGUUGUUUCAUUCUUGUUUUUAUUCUGUAUUUUGUGUUUUUACGCUGCGAACCGCCCUGAGAUCUACAGAUGAAGGACGGUGUGCAAAUUUAAUAGUUGUUUUUUAAAGUCAAUUUGCAAAGACGUUGGGGUCCUGUGGGGUGAGUGGUGGGUUUGUGAGGGACCACGUGGGUCGGAAGGCUCAUCCAGACUCCUGAACCCUUCCCUCAGUUGCUCAACUUCACCCUGAGUCUGAUGGAUUACAUCACUGAAAGGCAGAGGAGCUUUUCCCGCAUCCUGACGCCAGAGAUCCGGACACGCAUGGAGCCAGCAUAUGCAGGUGAAGAAUGGCAUAGAAGGGCCGGGGGGGGGGUGCUGCUGGCCGAGAUGGCUCCUGCUCUGCCCCCCCCCCCACGGUGGGAGGCACCUGGAAACCGCAGGAGGGGAGAUCAGACCCUGCUUGUGGGUUUCCCACAGGAUGGGGGACUCAGUGAGCCCCUUUGGCCUGACCCAGCAGACUGCUCCUAAGCUCUUCUGUCCUUAUGGGAACCCCAGGAGGAGAGAGUGCUCAAAGCGUGAUGGGCAGGGGGAGUCUCUGGGGAAGCUGGAAGGGCUUUGCAGUAUGGUAGGAUCCAGUCCAGCAAGGAAGGCUUGGGGGGGCAGAGUUGGGGGGUCCCAGAUGUCAAGGCUCUGCGUUGUGCUGAUGUGCCACGUGCUUCCCCUCCAGCUUGCACCCAGAUGUCUGGCCCCGGCUACUUCCAGCGGAUGAAGGCCUGCAUGGAGCAUUUCAUCAGCACAGAGAAACACACCAUCUUCGAUUCGGCUGCAAACUUGCUGCAGGAGCGGCUGAAACUGCUGCAGGUGAGUUUGUGGGCCAUUCCAGAGAGCAGAGAAACCUUAGUGGAACUUUCUGGGGGUGGCGCCUUGCCUUGGCGCUCUCCUCUUUCCCUGCGGGUCUCAGACCGAUAGGAUGAUCAGUGCCACGCUCCCUUCUCAGUCGGCAGGAAACCGUAAUUCCAGGGCCAUUGUAUUGUAAAGUGGGGUGGGAACCCGUGGUUAUUUUAUUCUGUUUUGUGCCAGGGCCGCAGGAUUCCCCCCAUGUCUCUCUGUGGGAAGGAAAGCCCCGUUUUGCACACAGGUGGUUCUGGUGCCCCCCCCCCCCGCGCUCAGAGCGGGGCAGGCAGUAGAAGGAGCAAGUGGUGGUGGGGGCUUCUAGGGCCAACUGCCUAGUGUGGCACUGUUUCCUUUCAGCAACACAUCGGAGCAAGGUUUCAGGAUUUGGCCCAGGAGCUGCAGACAUCCCUGAAAAUGCAGCUGGAGCCUCUGCUGAAGCCUGUCCAGAAGAACGCAAAGAUAACUUCAGGUACAGCUGCCCCCCCAACCAUGGCACCCCCUCCCCUCAGAGGAACAUGCAGCCUUGACGCUCCAGGGGAGGCAAGUUUUAGAAACUCGUCUUUCCAAGACCAUCUUCCGUUGAAUCGGACCGUUCUCCGGGAAGCGCAAGUGGGCGGCUAUAAUGUGGGGUUUCUGUGACUCAUCUUGACCUGGGCUGUGUCUUACGAUGCCCUGCUGUGUCGCUGGCAUCUCGGGUCGUCUUCUGGGCAUCUUGGGUCUCCAUCUGGGCAUCUUGGGUCUUCUUCUGGGCAUCUUGGGUCUCCAUCUGGGCAUCUUGGGUCUUUUUCUGGGCAUCUUGGGUCUUCUUCUGGGCAUCUUGGGUCUUUUUCUGGGCAUCUUGGGUCUUCUUCUGGGCAUCUUGGGUCUCCAUCUGGGCCUCUUGGGUCUCCUUCUGGGCCUCUUGGGUCUCCUUCUGGGCAUCUUGGGUCUCCUUCUGGGCCUCUUGGGUCUCCUUCCGGGCCUCUUGGGUCUCCUUCUGGGCCUCUUGGGUCUCCUUCUGGGCAUCUUGGGUCUCCUUCUGGGCAUCUUGGGUCUCCUUCUGGGCCUCUUGGGUCUCCUUCUGGGCCUCUUGGGUCUCCUUCUGGGCAUCUUGGGUCUCCUUCUGGGCAUCUUGGGUCUUCUUCUGGGCAUCUUGGGUCUCCUUCUGGGCCUCUUGGGUCUCCUUCUGGGCCUCUUGGGUCUCCUUCUGGGCCUCUUGGGUCUCCUUCUGGGCAUCUUGGGUCUCCUUCUGGGCCUCUUGGGUCUCCUUCCGGGCCUCUUGGGUCUCCUUCUGGGCCUCUUGGGUCUCCUUCUGGGCCUCUUGGGUCUCCUUCUGGGCCUCUUGGGUCUCCUUCUGGGCAUCUUGGGUCUUCUUCUGGGCCUCUUGGGUCUCCUUCUGGGCAUCUUGGGUCUCCUUCUGGGCAUCUUGGGUCUCCUUCUGGGCAUCUUGGGUCUCCUUCUGGGCAUCUUGGGUCUCCUUCUGGGCCUCUUGGGUCUCCUUCUGGGCCUCUUGGGUCUCCUUCUGGGCAUCUUGGGUCUCCUUCUGGGCCUCUUGGGUCUCCUUCUGGGCCUCUUGGGUCUCCUUCUGGGCCUCUUGGGUCUCCUUCUGGGCCUCUUGGGUCUCCUUCUGGGCAUCUUGGGUCUCCUUCUGGGCAUCUUGGGUCUCCUUCUGGGCCUCUUGGGUCUCCUUCUGGGCAUCUUGGGUCUCCUUCUGGGCAUCUUGGGUCCUUCUGGGCCUCUUGGGUCUCCUUCUGGGCCUCUUGGGUCUUCGCUGCUCCUGCCGUGUGUUCAUGACGCCUGCCAGCUGCCUGGAGUGGGCCGUGUUCAGCCAAGUCCUACUCGGGAGUAGGCUCAUUGAAAUGAAUGAGCCCAAGCUAGAAUCAUAGAACUGUAGAAUUUGAAGGGAUCCCUAGGGUCAUCUAGUCCAACCCCCUGCGAUGCAAAAACCAUAGUUUAAAUGUGUUCGUAGGAGAGGGAGGUAGUGGUUUGUGGGGGUUUUUGUUAUGUAUUUUGUGUUUCCAUUUUGUGACUGCCCUGUGAUCUUUGGUGCACAAACUCUGUCCUGGAUGCUUUAGCUGAGAUUCAUGCAUUGCAGGGGGCUGGACUAGAUGGCUCUGGGGGUCCCUUCCUAGUCUACAAUUCUAUGAUAAUCGGUCCAUAAGGGGUGAGCACCCAACCUCUGCUUAAAGGCCUCCAAGGAAGGAGAGCCCCCCACCUUCUGAGGGAGCCCCUUCCACUCUCAAACAGCUCUUACAUGCAGACAUUGGAGCUUUUUAACUUCAGCAGGUUUACUCUGAGUAGGACUGUGUUUCAUACCACCUUAUAUACAUAAUAAACAAGCGCUAGGGAAAACAGGGUCUGUGAUGUCUGGUAGCAUGUUAACCUGUAUUUUAAAUUGGGUUGUUUUGUUUCCCCCCCCCAUCAUGUUUUUUACUGUGAUUUUAUUGGUGUUAGCUGCCCUGAGGGCGGGGUAUAAAUAAUUUAUUAUUAUUAUUAUUAUUAUUAUUAUUAUUAUUAUUAGCCAAACGCUUGUGGGUGGGAUUCUUGGCGAGGGGGCCAUUUCCUGUGCCCCUGCCACACUCUUGGCCCACUUCUGUGCAUGAAAAAGAUUUGACGGUUGCCGAUUCUUGGACGUAGUUUGGACGCCCCUGGUGUUUAGGGGAUAGGGCUCUGUUUGGCCCCUAAGUCUUUGCUUGCCAGGGGAGGCUGUGGAAGACUCAGGGGAACAAAGGGGUGUGGGGUUCAGGUGGUCAUGUCUGGGUUCGUGGGGCCUUAAGAGAGAGAUUAACUGGAUUUUUGGGUUCCUCCCCCCCAACAGAAUUAAUGACCAUCUGCGCCAAGGUUGACAAGAUUUGUAGGUGCUCCUGCGUCAGUUACAUCCUUCCCUGCCCCACACAAAGAGAGGACAGUUUCCCUGAAAUGAGGAGGGGCCUGCAGGGGAGUCAGGAUCCCCCGAGCUCCUUGGCCACAUGCAUGGAUGUCCGGAUCGGAGCCGUCUCUCUCGCACCCUCCAGGUAA